ACAUUGGUAUAGGAGUUUUUCUUCCCUGUGAUCGCGAAACGGGAAGGUCUGUGCAGUAAAUCCUAUUACGGUAGACCCGAGAGUGUUCGUUCCACUGCAGUGAGCAUGUCGGUUUCACUCUGCUCGCAACUUCAGCUGCACAGGUAAAUGCGCACGGGGUCGUAGAGCCCGGACUAGUUAUGGAGAUGAGACGCCGGGUGUACGUGAAUUGGUCCGAGGUUGUUCAAAUGCUCUUACACUCUUGAUCGCACUGCUGCUUCUGUACAGCUGCGCUGUGAGACUUGAAGGCCGGGACUGUAUCAGGCUUCAGCCUAUCUCACAGCAGGAAUGUUCCACGGUUUUGAAAUUUCUUGAAGACUGUGAAGUCUCCUAUCAAUCGACUUGGAAGGCAGUACUGGCAUGAUACUCGUGAGGGCCUUCAUAAUAAUCAUCCGCUGAAAAUCUUCUUCUUAGGCCCCAUGAUGAGAGCUUGAAUCAUGAACGCUGAAUCAUUUAUAGUUGCCACCUUCGACCAGACAGGAAGGCGUUCUACUAGGUUGGCAAUCCCACCGGUUGUUCUUUCCAACGCCGUACUAUUCUUCCAGCAGGAAACCAGAGUUGGCGAGACAACACCUUUUUAAAUGAAAUCAUCGUUGAGGCAUGUUUGGCUGACCAGAUCUCGCUCUCUUAAGCGACUGGUGUAAGCUAAAUCUAUCUAGAUUCAGGCUGAUUCCCUAAUCAGCUCGCGCACACAUCGCCAACGCUCCUAUGUGUAAAAAUAACUGAAGCACUUACCAACACACCCACUAACAACAGGCUCUAAUCAAGAGCACAAACAAGUAAAUCUCAUGCUUCUACCUGAACUCGACUUAUACGAACUUGGACAAAUUCUCCCGUGCAAUGUAGAGCCUACGCACAUUGCACUAAAUUAAAGAUCGAAAGCACACAAUUGAAAGACCAGUUAUUCACACUGACAACAAAUUGCCAUUGGUGACGGAUGACUGAUUCAAUCAAAUACGCCGAAAUCCACCAAAGGUUCAGUGCAGGCCCUUGUGAGUAUCCUGUAGAUCGUUUAGCAGUUGACAGGUCUGAAGCAAAAGGUUCCUCCUCACAUAAACCACUCUCAAAUCCAUAAAACAGACAUAAACUCUGUGCUUUGCGGAUUUCUCCUUUUGCUGCCUCGUUUAUCAUUGAGUGUCUACCGAAGGUAAAAAGGCCACGAUUUGAUAAAACACUUUGUGGUGAGCAUCAUCAUCCAGAAAAUGUCACAGCGCCACUUCUUUGCACAUCUGUUGAUAAUUACUUCUGCAGGGCACCUACACUGAUCUUCACUCUCGUCAUUUCACGACUAUAUGCUUGUCUGAAGCAUAUAAUUUGGACAAGCAUAUAAGCUCGUGAUAUUCUCCUUCACUGUUUUGAAUUGAGCAGACUAGAUUGAUAGAGCAAGCUCUUGCUUUAUUACUUCGUAGGAGCUGGAAGGAAAGAAAUGAACCUCCGUCUAGAUGGUGGCCCGAGACUGCGUACGGAAGCUUGAAGAGCAAAACAAAGAUCAUUGACACCUUUCCGCCACCCUCGGCAUUGUCCAUUGUUGGACCGGCAAACAUGGAGUGGUACGGGUUCCACCAAUCAAAACCAACGGGAAACUACCGGUAGCCCUCUGACUUCACGACUCAGUAGGGCAACAUCUUUUACAAGCAACUUGCUCUCUUCCUUGCUGGGGAAACAACUCCAAACUCUGCGGCUGACCUUGACCGACAAAGAUUAGAUUGUAACAACACAAUCCAUACGAUUUAUCCACAGAGCCUGCAAAAUGUUGGAGGCUGGUUAUCAGAUCAUGUCAGACUGCACCAUGUGCUCGAUUACCACUGACUUCCUCGGAGUGAUCCGUUUCGGCGUAAUGAGAGCAACCACCUCAAAUCACCCAUUCUGUAUAACCAAUUUACUUACACCCCACGGAAAGAGAAGAAAAAAGACGGAUCUAGCAGGAUGAGGACGCGGAUCAUGGAACCAUCCUCGGACUGUUAAACAGCUUGUUCCGCGGUUCAAUUUGGACCAUUCUCGCCAUAUUCGGGCAAGAAGAAUCAUACAGAGGAGAGCACGAGAGGGGUGUGAGAAGGGGCUUGGACGGCCAAAUUGAAUGCGAAAUCCUUCCAAAGGUUGGGUUGAAUGCUCGAUUCCUCGGCAUUAGGGCUAUAAAUAAGCGCUUCUCGUUGCGAGGCCAUUAUCGACGUCUAUCCGGCCAAGAAUAGGACUGAAAGCGCCGUCCAUUCACGCGAAGCUACCACACCGGACGGACUGA